AUGCGGGAGAUGAUUACAAACUAUGGUAUCAAAUAUUAUUCGGAGAGUGGUCUUAUGUGGGGAGCAAGAGAAGCUUGGAACAAGGUAUAUAGUGUAUUCUGGCCUACCAAACGAUGGGAGACCCCCUUAUGGGAGGAAUUGCAGAUAAUAUUUGGAGAGAAGAACGAGGAAACGGUCCACCCCGAAGUGCAAAGUGCUCGCAAUCGCGUUACGACUGUUGAGAUUGAUGUCGAUAGUAACAGCUCGAUGGAAAUGGCUACCAGGCGAUCGAAUUACGCCUUGCUGAAUCAGAAUACCGACCAACCCGUUUACCACCAGCCACCGCCUCAGCAGAAGAAGCUCUCCGGCGGCGAUGGCGAGGCUGCUGCUAUUUAUUACGAGUCUCACUCCGGCGGGAAGAAUAAUCUGCGGUCCGAACGAGGCUCAUCCUUGGAUUGGGAAUUGAUUGAUCAGCGGUUGAUCCGGGCGCACCAGCCACAGCAGAGCCGGAUCGGGACGGCGCCGUUUCAGGGGUCUUUCGGGCUGCAGAGGCAGUCGAGCGGGAGCAGCUUCGGCGGGAGCUCGAUCUCGGGGGACUAUUUCGCGCCCUCAAUCUCAGUCCCCGAGCUGCCUUAUGGUCAUUCGAACGAUGGCGGCGGUGAAUCCCGGGUGAGAACGGCGGAGAUUUCUGUUAGCGGCGACGGCUCGUCUUCUUCAAAGAGCUGGGCGCAGCAGACGGAAGAGAGCUACCAGUUGCAGCUGGCUUUGGCCCUUCGCCUCUCUUCAGAAGCUACCUGUGCAAACGAUCCUAAUUUUCUGGAUCCCGGGCCUGAGGAAUCAACAUCGGGUGCUUCUUCAUUAGCUGCCUCCGCAGAUGCAGUUUCUCAUCGAUUUUGGAGGCGGAUAGGCGUUACUGACUGGCGGCUGAAUGCUGACAAACGAAUCGGUACUAAUAGCACUGGAUGGCGGUUAAAGUGUCGUGUUGGGGCCACCGUGGCGGGAUUUCAGCAUGCCGCUAUUUUCUUCCAUCCGCCGUUGAUAACUCUGGUAAAUGGUUGCUUAUCUUAUUUCGACAAAGUUCCAGAUGGGUUUUACAUGAUUCACGGGAUGGAUCCAUAUGUUUGGGCUGUGUGCUCCGAUCAUCAAGAAAGCGGUCGCAUCCCAUCUCUUGAUUUGUUAAAGGCCGUUGAUCCUGGUCUAGUCUCUUCAGUUGAAGUGAUUUUCGUAGAUAGGCGAGCUGAUCCCAGCUUGAAAGAGCUGCAGAAUCGGACUCACAACUUAUCAUCUAGUUGCAUCACCACAAAGGAAAUUGUUGACCAGAUUGCGAAGCUAGUCUGUAACCAUAUGGGGGGUGCAGUUUCCAAUGGGGAAGAUGAUUUGGUUACAAUUUGGAAGGAGUGCAGUGAUGACUUAAAGGACUGCUUGGGGUCUGUUGUGCUCCCUAUUGGUAGCCUCUCCAUUGGACUAUGCAGACAUCGAACUCUGCUGUUCAAAGUUUUGGCUGAUAUGAUUGGCUUACCAUGUCGAAUUGCAAAAGGAUGUAAAUGUUGCACUAGGGAAGAUGCUUCAUCGUGCCUGGUUCGUUUCGGGCAUGACAGGGAGUAUCUUAUUGAUUUGGUUGAGAACCCAGGAUGCUUAUGUGACCCUGAUUCCUUGCUGAAUGGUCCAUCUACAAUCGCAAUUUCCUCACCUUUAUGCUUUCCGCGGUUUCGGAAGGUGGAACCUGCGGUUGAUUUCAGGUUGCUGGCGAAAAGAUUCUUCUCAGAUCUUCAGUCGCUCAAUCUUGAGUUCGAUGAUUUUGUAGCAGCUGGAACCAUUAUUGAUGGAGAGAUAUCUAAACAGUCGGAGGGGACUCAUGUUGAUAGAACCAACUCUCCACCCAGCUCAAGCAAUCGAGAGGAAAUUCCUGAAGCACAACCAUUCCCCACAAAUUCCUGGAUAAAGGUUCAUGAUAAAGAACAGUUACUCUCCAGACCUUCUAAUGCCCAGAAUGUAGUAAGCUCGGCAAAUGUACUCAAAAGCUCGAUCCCCGUAAAACUUAUUCCUCCAAUUGGGAAUAAAGAAGUUCAUCCGGUUACCUCCAUGCUGGGUCAAAGAAUAAAUACAAGUAAAGACACAAGGUUCGGUGAAGGAGGCCAAUCAAUUGCAUCUAAAACAAGUGAAUUUACCUUUGAUGUUGAUGAUCUAAAAAUUCCCUGGUGUGAUCUUGCUUUAAAGGAGAAGAUUGGGUCAGGUUCUUUUGGAACAGUUCAUCGUGCUGAAUGGAAUGGCUGUGAUGUUGCUGUGAAGAUUCUCAUGGAACAAGACUUCCAUGCGGAGCAGUUCAAGGAAUUUUUAAGGGAGGUGGCUAUCAUGAAAAGACUGCGACAUCCGAAUAUUGUGCUUUUAAUGGGUGCUGUUACAGAACAGCCAAACUUGUCCAUAGUAACAGAGUAUUUAUCAAGAGGUAGUCUCUAUAGACUGCUGCAUAAACCUGGGGCAAAAGAGGCUUUGGAUGAAAGACGUCGGCUAAGCAUGGCUUAUGAUGUGGCAAAAGGAAUGAACUAUCUUCAUAAAUGCAAUCCUCCUAUUGUUCAUCGAGACUUGAAAUCUCCUAACCUUCUUGUUGAUAGGAAGUUUACUGUGAAGGUAUGUGAUUUUGGCCUUUCCCGUUUAAAAGCAAACACCUUUCUUUCGUCCAAGUCUGCUGCUGGAACUCCUGAGUGGAUGGCACCUGAAGUGCUUCGUGAUGAACCUUCAAAUGAAAAGUCAGAUGUGUACAGUUUUGGUGUGAUAUUAUGGGAACUGGCGACUCUGCAGCAACCCUGGGGCAACUUAAAUCCUGCACAGGUUGUCGCCGCUGUUGGCUUUAAAGGAAAAAGGCUUGAAAUUCCUCGUGAAGUAAAUCCCCAAUUAGCAGCCCUUAUUGAAGCCUGCUGGGCCAAAUAUAACACUGGUUUUGAAUCUUACGCGUUCCACCAUAUCUUUUCAGGUAAUAAGAGAUCACAUCUUGGGAUGGUAAGGAGGUCGGGUGAGGCGGAUGCGUGAAUCUUUAUAAACCCGCCAUGACUGGCAUGGUACAAUGGGUUGGAUUGAAUCAUCCCAUAUGAAAUAGUACUUUUUAAACAGUAUAAUAGGUUUUUUUCCCAUAAUUUUUAUAUAGUUAUUAUUUCGUAAGAGCUCAUCACCGGUAAGAAAUUUAUCAAAUCCUUAUUACUUUAAAUGUUAGUAGUGUAUGUAAUGGUGUAGAAUUGGGA